CGCCCUCAUGCACUCCCCGCCCCAUCCAUUUAACCCCGCGCCCCUCCGCCGCUUGCUCCUCCCCAAGCCAUGCCAAACCCUAGCACUAGAUUCCCCGUGACAACCCCAACCCUAACCCCCGCCCUCGAUCCGACGCCCUCUCCUCCCUCUCGCCGCGGCGGUGGCGGCGGCGGCUGAUUCUUCUCGAUCCUGGCGCCGCCAUGAUCUCCCGGGACCCCGCGGCCGGGCGGCGACUCGACUCGUUCCACGGCCCGGCGCCCGACCUCCCGGCCCCGAUCCAGCGGCACCAGAGCCAUCAGGAGCUCCCCCGGCGACCGGAGAUUAACGGCGCCGCGGGGCCGCGGCUGACGAAGCUGCUGCUGAACGUGACGAUCGAGCGGAGCCUAGGGCCGAUGCACGUGGUGAUGCCGCCGGAGAACACGGUGGCGGAUCUGGUCCGGGCGUCGGUGGAGGCGUACGUCAAGGAGGGCCGCCGGCCGCUUCUCUCCCACACCGAUCCCAAGAUCUUCGACCUCCACUACUCUCCGUAUAGCCUCGAGAGUUUGAAUCCGGAGGAGAAGCUGAUCAACUUGGGAUCUCGGAACUUCUUCUUGUGCUCGAAGCCGGCGAAGGUGGCGACGCCGGUGGCCGCCGUGACAUCACGGUGAUUCACUGAGUUUGGGUCAAAUUCUUGAGUCAAAUUUGCAAUACCAUUUGCGCAUAUAUUCAUGAACGUUGAGCAGGUCAAGAAUUUUCUGUAUGUGUUGGCUUGUUGGAAUGUUAAUAGCAACUGGUAAAGGGAGAUUUGCAAUAGCUUUAGUGCAUCAUGUGUAACGAAAGGCGAAUAAUGCAGCAGACUGGAUCGUCUCUUAUGUUGUCCGAUAUUUGGAUGAAAUCAUUUGAACAAACUUAGUUUGUAUCCCAUAUCCAUUGUACUGUUUAUUUUUAUUUGAUCUGGCAGUUUGUACUCAUAUUAAGAUUUUUAUAAAAUGAAAUGCCGAUUUGAUUAAAUUUUUUUUU